AUGAUCUUCGUUAAGUCGCUCUCUGGGCGCACGUUGUGCCUGGACGUUGAUGCCUCGGAAGAUGUUCUGAGCAUCAAGCAAAAAAUCGAAUCAAUUGAAGGCAUUCCGGCCGAUGAGCAGAGACUUAUCUGCGAAGGUUGGUUUCAUUUUUAUUUCUCGGCGUUAGCUGAUUCCCGAGAGAAGCUCUUCACUGGGCUCUUGAGGACGGAACGGCUUUUUUCAUUUGGUGAUCCUAAACGUUGUAGGUCAUCAGUUGGAGGACGAUGAGUGUGGUAUCGAAGAGGAUUCUACCCUUUACCUUUCCUUGAGGUAAGCAACCUGUUACACGAUUGUGUCUAGUCAUUUAUUUCAGCCUGCUCGGAGGUGCCAAGAAGAGAAAGAAGAAGGUCUACACGACUCCCAAGAAGAUCAAGCACAAGAAGAAGAAGGUCAAGCUCGCCGUCCUCAAGUACUACGAAGUGAGUUUAUGAUUAUUGUGUUCAUAUUCAUAAUGAAUGAAUCAAUUCGGCAAUGAUGAUGAUUACCAUUUAAUGGUGUCCAGACCUCUGAGAGUUUCAUGACCUGAGAAACGAGUUACUGAGCCAACCAAAUUCAAGUGAAGCGAAAAAGAUUUUUUCUUCUUUAUUUGAAAAAAAAAACUGGAUGUUUUUUUUUAAAAUUGAUUUUUAAGGUCGAUGAGAACGGAAAGAUCCGACGACUUCGCAAGGAGUGCCAAUCCCCAGGAUGCGGUGGUGGAGUCUUCAUGGCCGCCCACGAAAACCGUUACUACUGCGGACGUUGCCACGACACGCUCGUCGUUGAAGAGAAGCCUGCGGGUGCUGCUGGUGGUGGUGCCAAGGCUAAAGGAAAGGGAAAGAAAUAA